AUGCCAAGGUUACAAAUCAACCUUCAGGAUAUAGAUACUGGCGAAAACAAUGCUCAGAUAACAGCAAUUUUAUUGGUAUUUGACUGUUCUGCUGCCCUGGACCGGUUGCCCCUUGGCUGUGUUCGGUGCCUUUCAGUUCGGACUGAGUCCCGUCUGCUUCUCCCUCCCUCAGCAGCUGUGACCAAGAAACCAAGGCGCGGCGGGGGGAAAGGGGCAGUCGGGACUGCAAAGGACGAUGGUGCGGACACGGAUGGUGCCUUUGAGGAUACACCUGACAGGCUGGAGACGGAGGACGGCAAACAUAGUGACCUCAAAAUCACGUCUUGGAAUGUCGACGGGCUUCGGGCCUGGGUGAGGAAGAAUGGCGUCCAGUGGGUGACGUCGGAGAGCCCUGACAUCAUGUGUCUCCAGGAGACCAAAUGCAGCGAGAAGCAGGUGCCAGCGGAAGUGAAAGAGCUGCCCGAGUUCCCGCACCAGUACUGGAGUUCGCCUCAGGACAAGGAGGGCUACAGCGGAGUGGGCAUGCUGUGUAAAGUCAAGCCUCUGAACGUCACGUUCGGAAUUGGUGUGGAACAGCACGACAAUGAGGGCCGAGUGAUCACCGCUGAGUUUGACAAGUACUUCCUGGUGACAGCCUACGUGCCGAACUCAGGGAGGGGCUUGGUGCGGCUGGAUUACCGUCAGACUUGGGAUAAGGAUUUCUCCAGCUAUCUGAAGGGCUUGGACAGCAAGAAGCCGGUGAUCCUGUGCGGGGACCUGAACGUGGCUCACCAGGAGAUCGACCUGAGGAACCCCAAGACCAACAAGAAGACGGCCGGCUUCACCGCCCAAGAGCGGGAUGGUUUCGGCCAGCUGCUGUCCCAGGGCUUCCUGGACACGUACCGCCACCUGCGACCGGAUGCCAGGCACGCCUACACCUUCUGGACGUACCUGGGAAACUGCCGUGCCCGCAACGUGGGCUGGAGGCUUGACUACUUUGUGAUGUCUCAGUCGCUGCUUCCUAGUCUGUGUGACAGCAAGAUCCGGUCUGGGGCGCUGGGCUCGGACCAUUGCCCCAUCACCCUCCUGAUGGCCAUGUGAGGCUGCAGGUCCCUUCCUCCCCUCCCCUCUGCUGUCCCCUGCCCCUUCUCUGGCUGAGAGGUUUCCCUGCCUCCCUCCCUACCUAACCUCACCUCACCCCGCCCACCGGUCAGCACCUCCCUGUCUUUCUCUGAUCCCGGGGGUUGGGGGGAAGCUGGAUAGUCAGCUGUCCACGAGAGGGUGGAAGCGUGUAAGGCACUCUUCCACCACCUCCCCCCAACCCCCCCCCUCCACACACAAACACACACCACCUCCCCAUGUGUGUGUGCAGCCUCCUGUCUUUGUUCGGCUUUUAGUUUCGAGACUUUGUGUUUCUUUUUAAUUGUUUUUAUGAGAUGGCUUCUCUCUCUCCCGCUCUUUGUUUUAAAUGUCUGAACCUCACUGGACGAUAACAGACUCGGCCUGCCCCCCUGUGGGGGGGUGAGCAGGGGAUGUGGAGGAGAGAAGAGAGACUCCAGUCACAACGACGGGUCAGGCUCAGUCUGCUGCUUCGCUGGAGGGUGGGGAGUUAACCGCACAUUGUGCCACCUUCACACUCCCUGGUGGAAGAUCCCACCGGCUUUGCCCUCUUCCCUCUCCGAAAGGGCAUUCCUGAUCACCAUGUCCGAGCAGUUGAUGUUGUGAGAAAAACCAGCACUGCAGUGUGUUUGUGUGUGUGUUCACUGACAUUAAUCAAUCAAAUUUAAUAAAAAAGAUCAUGGGAAUCAGUA